CGUGACGCACGCGAGCGACAGUCACGCGUUUAUCACCCGUCCCGGGACGCGCGUGCGACUAGCCUUGGAGUCUAAAUGGUUCGCAGCCAUAAUAUGUAACAGCCCGUAACUCGUUCAUCUCAUCGAACUUUAUAUCCGUAUCCAUGUUAUCCACGCAAGAUGCAAGCCGUUCGAGCUGAUGUGCGAUUAUGGCAUUGAAGGUAGAACUGGUACCCUCGAAUGUUCGCCAACGGACCGACCUGCUACAACACUUGAGAGCCGAACAUUUCUCCAACAUCCUACGUGUGCCCAGGCGCGAUUGGGAUCUAUAUAUGCGCACAUGUGAGGGCAAAAGUGGUGCUACUGAUAGCAUGGCAGUGCCUUCGCGAUUUACGUCGUCUUCUGUCGGUGAUGCACAGUCGCAGACCCAGAUGGGAGAACGUGUUGAAUGCGCUGCGUCCUCUAGCUUGAGGUCAUCACCAGUACGCGAACCUGUGCUGACCGACAACUCUCCUUCGCGCGUGUGCUCCACAUCUCGCAACGCAUCCUCCAGCCCCUUCCGGCCCUCCACGCGGCCCUCACAUAUCUACGGCUUGAUGUCCCCCCACUCAGAUGGACGCGAGAAUGUGAUACAAUGCUUAACCUCUUCUCAGGAAUCACCUUCGACAAUCGUGUGAUCAUUCAGGCGGCUUUCGUUAUUGUCAGAUUCACAGGGUGUGUCCUUCACUCCUUGCCUUACGCUGCCACCGUGGGAUUCAUUGUAUCUUGAGACGUAUCACCUCCACAAGCCCAAGGCCAAACGCGCACAGUGGUAUUUUCUUGGCGGUUUCAUUAGUAAGCGUGCAGAAUGCCAGGUAGCACAUGGUUUCCUGCUGCUUUCCAAGAGAACCCGUGCGUGUAAAACAUGGCAUAAAGAAGCGAC